AUGUACGCCGAAGAGGUUCCAGGAGACGGCGGCUCGGCGAGAAGAUGGUACCUGCUGCAUUUCGCCGUGACCCAUCCCACGAAAAAGAAAUUCAAGACGUCCAUCACCGGGGAGGAAAAAGAAGCCAAGCACCUCGUGGCCGUCGUUUCACCUAGCAGCCUUCCCACACCUGACCCGGUGAGAUUCUCCCGGUGGGUAAGGCUCCUACGGGUGACCGCGAGGGUACUUCAAUUCGUUCAACUGUGCCGCAGGGAACGGACUCUAAGCACACGAUCCAGCGACCCGGUGUGGACAAAGAAACACAAUAAAACGAAAACGAAGGCACAGCACUCAGCUCCACUCGCAAUAAAGGAGCGGUACAGUCCCCUGGAGCCCGAAUGGCUAAAAAAGGCGGAAGAAUUGCUACUACGAAGAAGCCAAGAAUGUUUCAAAGAGGAAAGAAAGGCUGUGGAGAGCCAGCAACCCCUAGACCGGAAGAGCAAACUUAAACGGCUGGAUAUCGCCGUGAACGAUGGGCUUAUAAGGAUCCGCGGCAGGAUCGACGCCGCCGAAGAACUCGACCGCGAUCUCAGGCAGCCAGUAGUGUUAGACACGAAAGAUGACAUUACGAAGUUGAUCCUGACCCAUUACCACGAUAAGUUCAAUCACGAAAGGCCGAGCUCGAAGAUUGUAAGGCUGGUGAGCCAGCCCACCGUUGAAGACAAGAUCGCCGAGCAGCAGCGCGGCGGUCCGGAACAGCUUCGCGUCGCCGGACAAGAGGAUGGUGCGAAGCACGAGGGGGAGGAUGUCGGCGACGCAGCUAAUAUUUAG